UACAAUUUCUUCUCCACUGUCUUCCUCCAUGAAAGAUAUGGGAAGGUCUCUCACUCUGCCAUGGCAUUCCCUCCAACACCUUCCAGACCAUUCCCAAGAUUAUUCCCAAAAUGAUUAUUCAUCAUCAAACCCAACCCUUACUCCUCAAUCAAGCCUCCAAUCAAUUCCUUCACUAACACACAAUUCCCACAUCCCCGAAUCCGCCGCCGCGCAAUUCCGAUGUCUGGCCACUCUCAAGGGCCACUCUUCUUACAUAUUCUCGCUUGCCUUGUCGGGAAAGCACAUCUACAGCGGCGCCUCCGACGGCGAAAUCCGCGUCUGGGGGCGCAGUCCCGAUUCGGCGGAUUUCGAUUACGCCGUCGUCGCGGAAGGCUACAGCGCCGCCAAGUCGAUGGUGGUGCUAGGAGAUAAGCUCAUCACGGCCCACCAUGAUCACAAAAUCCGAGUCUGGAAAAUCGACAGUGAUUCCGCAGCGAAUUACCACAAGUACAGAAUGAUUGCGACAGUGCCGACCCUGAACGACCGCUGCCUGAGGGUAUUCUCGCCGAAGAACUACGUCCAAAUCCGACGGCACAACAGGCGCACGUGGGUGCAUCACGUGGAUACCGUGUCGUGCCUUGCCUUGUCCGGCGACGGCGGUUUGCUCUACUCCGUUUCGUGGGAUCGAACCAUCAAAGUGUGGCGGACUUCCGAUUUCAAGUGCGUGGAGUCGGUGCAGAACGCUCACGACGACGCCAUAAACGCCGUCGUUUUGUCCAAUGACGACGACGGCUGCGUCUACACGUGCUCCGCGGAUAAGACAAUCAAAGUGUGGGCAAGGCGCGGCGGAGACAGUCACAGGAGGAAGCUUUCUCUUGUCUCCACGCUCGAAAAGCAUAAAUCUGCUGUCAACGCUUUGGCUCUCGGCGGCGACGGCUCUGUCCUGUACUCCGGCGCCUGUGACAGGUCGAUCAUCGUGUGGGAAUGCGACGGCGGAGGUGCGGCGGCGGUGGGGGCGCUGAGAGGGCACAAGAAGGCUAUUUUAUGCCUGGCGGCGGUGUCGGAUUUGGUGUGCAGUGGAUCGGCGGAUGGGACGGUGAGGAUUUGGCGGGGAGGGAGCGGGAGCGGGAAGAAGUACUCUUGUCUGUCUGUGUUGACAGGGCACAGGAGUCCGGUCAAAUGUUUGAUGGCGGCGGCUCUGGAUAGUGGUAAGAGAACCAACGGUGAAUCGAGGAAUUCUUACAUGGUCUACAGUGGCAGUUUGGAUUUUGAUGUAAGGGUCUGGCUCAUUGGGGUUCCGUUUUAGUGUCAUCCCAUUGAGCAUACCUUGAAAAGAGAAUUUCCACACCUGAUGAUCAUCCCCUUUUUUUUUUUUUUGGUUUGGAUCAUUUGCUUGGAAAAUGGAAGAGUGAAUGAGUUAUAACUGGUUGGAAUAUAGUGAAGUUUGAAAUUUUUUGAAGAAAUGUAUUGUAUGGAACCUAAGUCAAUACAUAAGUUGGGAUGGAAACCCAAGUUCUUUAUUAAAAAUU